AUGCGAAGAGAAACGUCGUCAGCACUCCCUACUCCCACACAGAGCAACCGUCGUAGCUCGGGCCACCCUUCACAACGUGCGGCUGACAGUGACGAUGAGGAAGAACCCUUCAACUGGGACUAUCUUGGACGUAAUGCCUGUUUUCCAAAUAACCUCAAACCCUCCAUUUCGGGCUUUCUUCUUGGCCCACUGUCCGUACAGAAACGUGUUCGUCAGUUGACACAGCGAAGAGCGCGAGAACGAAUAGAUCCAUCCCAACUUGUGCGGCCGAAUGAUCUUAAGGCUACAGAUUUGGGGAAGCAGGAAGAGGCAACUUUAACAACAAUGUGCACAGACAUACGAGCGAAGUUGGUUGAGAUACAACUCCAAAGAGAAUCCUUAGCUCGUGAAGAGCUGUCAAAGAUGGGAGAUGCUACUGAGGCCGAGGCCAUUGCAGUUAUGAGCAAACACGGAAUAUCUGAUAAUGGCGGAAUCCCCCUCUUCCAGUUCUGUAUCAACCCAAGGUCAUUUGGCCAGUCCGUGGAGAACAUGUUUUAUGUCAGUUUCCUAGUCCGUGACGGAAGUAUAGGAGUCUCGAUGGACGGUAACAACCUACCUACACUACUUCCAUCACAACCACUGCUUCCGUCUGAGGCACGAGAACAAGGCAUUCAAAAGCAUCAAGCCGUCUUUGGCCUAGAUUUCGACACCUGGGCUCAACUCAUAGAGACAUUCGAUAUAAAAGCCCCGUUAAUCCCACACCGAGACGAUAAGGCUCAUCAGGCUCCGUCUACUGGCAGAUGGCAUACAUAA